AUGGCUGACACGAACAGCACCCCCAUCAAUCGCACUAUUCUCCCUGGCCGCGAGUUUGUCGUCCGACCGGGUGGUUCACAAUGGACCCGCCAGCUCGACCGCAGGACGGGUGAGCCCUCUGGUGAAUGGAAGCCGGUCGAGGCCCCCGUGGCGGAGGAAUCGAAGCCUGCGACGCUUCAGCUGUCGGUUGUCGUGGAAAAUCAAGCGGAAGGGGAGCCGAAACACUGGUCGUUGUUCUGUCAUCGACCCGACGCCUCAGGGAGAGGAAGGGGGCAAGUCUGGCAGGUUACGGGCGAUGCGGAAUGCAUGCAAUACUAUCACGAGCCGGACGGUGAUGCCUUAAGCUCCAUCUCCUUUGCUUGGCAUCAGGUUCUACACUCCAACCUCAGCGACUCCCAGUUCGCAACAGCCGAUCGCAUCGCCAAGUCAACGCCACCACCUCGGGCAGCAAAUCGGGCGGCGGUGAAGGAGAACUGCCAGGGCUGGGUGAUUAACGUCUUAUGUCGCCUAGUCCAAGAGGGCAUCGUGGAGCAGAGAGCUGUCACGGUGCUACAGGGGCAUAUGGACCCCAUCUGA